AAAGUCGUCUAGUAGAGUUCAAAUCGAGCGAAAAUAUUUUUGAUAUAAAAUAAUUAAAUAAAUGGUAAAAAGUCACUAGAAAUCGUUUUAAAAUAGUCUUAAAAGUGUGAUAUUAAACGUGAGUGUAUUUUUAUCAAGACAAAAGGAUUAAUAAAGCAUUUAAUUUGAGCUCUAAAGUGGAUUGAAAAAAAAGUAAAAAAAUAUGUGCUGCUUACAUAAAUGAAAGAAAAAAAAGAUUCAUACAUUUUGUAUAGAGGAAACAAAGAAAUUAAAGUUUUGUGUACUAGCUGGCUGAAUAAACAAAGACAAAAAUAAAGUGCUAAAAAAGUCUACCUUCAUCUUAUCACCUGCCCCAAAUUCUGGCAUAUUAAAAUAUUUAUGAGGAUUAACUUAUUUUUUUACAAAUCAAAAUAGAGCAUCAGUAACCAAAAUAAACAUAAUAAAAAUAAAGUUGGUGAAGAAUGAUGAUGAUAUGAGAACAAUAAUAGUAAAAACUUGAUAAUAUAUAUAAAUAUCAUACAUAAAUAGAAGUGAAGAGGAAGAAGAAGUGUUAUUUUGGACAUAAAUUUUGUGAAAACAAGGAACAAAAAGACAUUAAAAUUGUGUUGAGUGUUUAUCAGAGAUCAUAAUUCUCUUAAAAAGUAUACAUCAAGUAUAUUUAGAAUAAAAUUAAAUUCCUUAAAACAAAAAAUAAAUAAAUCAAUAUGGAACGCGAAUCAAAUAUGCAAACUAUGUGCAGAUCUGGAUGCGGAUUUUAUGGCAAUCCAGCUCAAGAUGGAUUAUGUUCAGUAUGCUUUAAAGAUGCACUAAAAAAGAAACAACAACCUCCAGUUAGUAGUACAUGCACGCCAAGUCAAGGUACUGCAAAUAAUUCAACACAACAACAAAAUAGUAAUCAAAGCACUGCCGCAUCAUCACAAUCGACAACACCAAAACAUGUCGUCGUUGAACAUAACACAGCACAACCAACAGUUUUAAUUCAUAAUCAGUCUGCAGAUAAAUCAAUCCCAGAAGAAUGUGCAGGAACAAGUAAUCAAGACGACGACGAUGGAGAUAAGGAUGCCAAAAAGAAAAAGAAUAGAUGUUUUACAUGUCGUAAGAAGGUUGGCUUGACAGGAUUUGAAUGUAGAUGCGGUGGCUUAUAUUGUGCAAUCCAUCGAUAUAGUGACAAACAUGAGUGCAGUUUUGAUUAUCGAGAACAUGGUGCAGCUGAAAUUCGACGAAAUAAUCCGGUCGUUAUUGGCGAAAAGAUUCAAAAGAUUUGAACGUUCUUUCAAUUACAUUGAAUAGUUUUUCAGCAGUAACUCCAAAUAGAAAAUAAUAACAGACGAUAGUUCUUUUUUCCUCUCCUAUUUUGUCUCUUAUGUUUUGCGCUAUCGUUGUGCCAUGUUUAUAUUUUGCAACAUACAAAAUUUAUAAUUUUCCUUUCCUUCUAAAUUUUUGCUAGAAAAGAGAGAACGAUAUGAGAAAAAAAAGUAUAUUGAGAUGCACACCUAUUAUUUUAUUUCGUGAAGUGAAUUAUUUUUUAGGAAAACCGAUAUUCAUACCAUAGCCAAUGUGUCUGAUUCUUUAACUUCAUAUAGUUUCAUCGUAGUCUUAUUUGUUUGAUCUUUUUUUUUUUAAAAAAUGGAAAUUAUGCAAUUUAUUGGGGUACAUUAUUAUUAUCAUUACUAUAAUUAUUAAUUUACAACAUUAUUUUACUAUUAUUUGAACACUUUUUUUUUUUU